ACCUUUGGUCGCCGGCUGGGUCUGAUUAUUCGCAGAGACAGGAGGAGGAGGUUUCGUCACAUCAUGGUGUUCCCGAUUCAAAUGUUCCCGCUGUUGACCCAGGUGUUCUGAAAGAGGAGUUGCAUGAUGAGGAGUUGCAGGAUGUGGGGUUGCAGAAUGAGGAGUUGCUGAAUGAGCAGUUGCAUUAUUCUCAUCAUACAUAUUAUAUGGCUUCACGCUCUGAAGUGUGCCACACUUCAGCUUCUGACGCAGACCCGGCUCGCCAUGGAAAGGAUUGGCAGGGGGAUCUUAAGGAUUUCAAGGACGAGGAGGAGGAGAAUGUUCAUGUUGAGUCUGUGGAGAGUUCUACGGCAGUUGCUGCUGAAGAAGCGUCGCUUGCUUCCCAAUCAAAUGAUGCUGUGCUGCACGCAUUUCCUUUGGAUUAUUCUUUGCACUCAGCUCCUUUGGAUUAUUCUCUGCAUUCAGUUCCUUUGGAUGAUUCUCGAGUGCAAAGGGAAGGUGGGGGCCCCGAGGCGCUGCCGUUGGCAUCCUCGAAAACCCACGUAGAGUGCGAAGUUGACCAGCGUAAAGAUAACUGUGCAUCUUCUUCCCGGCUCUGUUCAGAUGGGUUGCAGAGCAAUCGAUCUGAGUGUCAGGCUGCCAGGGACUGGGCCCGUGCCAAUGACGAUGCAGUUGCUCCUUGGCGGGAAUUCGAACGGCUCCCGAAAGAUGAGUUUCAUGCUCGGAUCGAGGCGCUCAAGGCAUACAAACUUCGAAUGGGAAUUGAGAGCCCCGAGGAGGCGCCGCCUCCUGAGGAGGAUGCUGGCCGUGGGAAAGGCCAGAGGCACCGCAGAAACAGGAGGCGGGCAAGGGCGAAGGCUCAGGCAGUUCUAACUGGCUCUUCUAUGUCAAAGUCGGCCCAUCAAUCUACUUGCGAUCCUCCCCAACCUCCGUCCUCUUUUCACGAUUCAGUUUCUGCCGCUCUACCCGCCCCAAUUGUGCCCUUGUUGCCCGAAGGCGACAAGGAGACGGAGGUGGGUGAGUUGCAUAACUAUCAAUCAGAGUGCGAUGAGGACGCUGAUUGGGAUGCGGCCUCCCACGCAUGGGAUAAUAUGGCCACCCAGCGAGUGAGGGCAAAUUUUUACUUGAAACAGGCUGCUCUGCAACGUUUCUGUGAGGCUUUGCGCCGUGAUGGGGAGGAGGACGCGGACAUCCAGAGAACCUGUGGGCUGUGUCGGUUGGACAUGAUAAGGAUGCCCCGUAUUGCAGGGUGGUGCUUCGGACAUUGGCGGUGCUUGACAUUCUACUCAAGUGGUGCUCAACGGUUGAUGGAACAACGCUUGCAGAGCCACAUUAGGAACCUUUGUGUAACCUUUUGGCCUUAACUGUGGCCUUAACUGGCGCCUGGCGCUGGAUAUACAACGUAAACAUGAACUAGUCGGCCUCCACGGUUUCUUCGUUGGAGGGCGGUCUGUGGAAGUAUAUGCUGCUGAUCGACUGUUGCUUUGAUCAAUGCAGUAAAACGGCAUUGUAUGGCCGUGGAACACGUUUUGGGUAGCGUUUCAACCAGCUCUUACACCAUUCUCUAACCUGUUCCAACACCUUUGCAUCCUCACAUGUUUUGCUGCAUCCUUUUCCUUGUUCCUGCAUCCCAUUCCGAUGCCUAUGCCUCAGUGGCUCGGCAGUGUGAUGAUGAGAGGUGCCUUCUCUAGCUACCCUGUGCUCCGUUUGGGAGUCUUAGGGCUCAGCUGUCACAGCUGUCCGCGCCCUGACUCAAACUCAAAAAAACCGAGGUUGCGGAAGCGGAGCCUACCUCCCGCUCUCCCGCGGCCUUGGCCCGUCGGGGACUCCUCGAGCCGCGUCGUGCGGACAGGUUGUGCAUGCGCACGUGACGUACAUCUCUGAGUACCGAACGGGUGAUCUGUCGGCAUUGGAUUGAUUAGUUGUUCUUGCGUGCCCCUUCUUUGUGCGGCAUCAUGACAGCGCAAUUUUGUUCGAUGAGUUCUGUUUCGACCAGUUGGAAAAGAAAAACAAGGAUAAUCAAACUGGCGAUUUGUAGACAAGCUGUAUUUGAUGUUAUGCAGUUUAAUGCUCGUGAUCCAUAUUUUGUGGCUGAUCCGAAUACUUUCCCCGCGUUUGGCUGGUUUGAUAACCUCGAUGAUUGUGCGCGAAACCCAUGCCCGUUUCAGGGAAACUCGGAGGAGCAGGUCAGUAUAUUGUUGAGUUCCUUAUCGGUGCCAACUGCUGGGCCAACUGAUCGUGGAGAAGCUUUCUCGUCUCAUUCGGUUGCGUAUUCUCCAGAUGUGGUGCAGUCCAGAUGGUGGGCUGCAGUCCAGACUGGGCUCUGUUUCUUUUGAUCCUGGUGUUCAGAAUGAGGAGUUGCAGGGUGAGGAUUUGCAGAGUGAGGAGGUGCUGAAUGAGAAGUUGCAUUUUUAUCAGCAUACUGUUUUCUUGGAUUCAAGCUCUGAAGUUUGCCACACUCCAUUUCCUGACACUCUGUCGGCUUCUGUUGACCCAGGUGUUCGGAAAGAGGAGUUGCAUGAUGAGGAGUUGCAGGGUGUGGGGUUGCAGAAUGAGGAGUUGCUGAAUGAGCAGUUGCAUUAUUCUCAUCAUACAUAUUAUACGGCCUCACUCCCUGAAGUUUGCCACACUUCAGCUUCUGACGGAGACUCAGCUUGCCGUGGAAAGGAUUGGAAGGGGGAUCUUGAGGAUUUCAAGGACGAGGGGGAGGAUAAUGUUCAUGUUGAAUCCGUGGAGAGUUCUACGGCAGUUGCUGCUGAAGAAGCGUCGGUUGCUUCUCAAUCAAAUGAUGCUGUGCUGCGCUCAGUUCCUUUGGAUUAUUCUCUGCACUCAGCUCCUUUGGAUUAUUCUCUGCGCUCAGUUCCUUUGGAUUAUUCUCGAGUGCAAAGGGAAGGUGGAGGCCCCGAGGCGCUGCCGUUGGCAUCCUCGAAAACCCACGGAGAGUGCGAAGUUGACCAGCGUAAAGAUAACUGUGCUUCUUCUUCCCGGCUCUGUUCAGAUGAGUUGCAGAGCAAUCGAUCUGAGUGUCAAGCUGCCAGGGACUGGGCCCGUGCCAAUGGCGAUGCAGUUGCUCUUUGGCGGGAAUUCGAACGGCUCCCCAAAGAUGAGUUUCAUGCUCGGAUCGAGGCGCUCAAGGCAUACAAACUUCGAAUGGGAAUUGAGAGUCCCGAGGAGGCGCCGAGUCCAGAGGGGGAUGCUGGCCGUGGGAAAGGCCAGAGGCACCGCAGAAACAGGAGGCGGGCAAGGGCGAAGGCUCAGGCAGUUCUAACUGGCUCUUCUAUGUCAAAGUCGGCCCAUCCAUCUACUUGCGAUCCUCCCCAACCUCCGUCCUCUUUUGCGGACUUGUGCAGUUCUUCAAAUCACGUCGAGUGCGCCGGCACGGCUACCACAUGGGUGCUCCAGAGGCACAUCGCGCGCCUGCUCGUGGCGGACCACCUGCAGAAGGAGGACGCUGAUUGGGAUGCGGUCUUCCACGCAUGGGAUAAAAUGGCCACCCUGCGAGAGAGGGCAAAUUUCUAUUUGAAACAGGCUACUCUGCACCGUCUGUGUGAGGCUUACCACCGUGAUGGGGAGGAGGACGCGGACAUCCAGAGACUCUGGGAGCAGUGUCGGUUGGACAAGAUAAGGAUGCACCGUAUUGCGGGGUGGUGCUUCGGACAUUGGCGGUGCUUGACAUUCUACUCAAGUGGUGCUCAACGGUUGAUGGAACAACGCUUGCAGAGCCACAUUAGGAACCUUCGUGUAACCUUUUGGCCUCCUCAUGAUAAAUAUUCUAUGGCUUCGCACCCUGGGAGUUCCACGACUGGGAGUUUAUCUAAUGCAGUUGUGAGUUCAGCAGUGACGGAGGACGAGGACGUAACCGCGCAGGUUAUUUGCUUCAGUUGGCGUGUAAUUUAAGGAUCAGGAAAUACUGCUUCCGCAAGUCUGGCUGGGUAAAGCUCGUUCACUCUUUCACGGCUGCCACGCUGUAUCGCCUUAUGGCCUCGGGUGCCGAGGAAAAGCCGGUGUUGCUUGAAGCGCUUCUUCGGGAUCGCGCGAGACUUGGCCCGAUAACCAAUUUGACCCAUCUGUCGACUGAUAUCAGAGACUUUCGUCACCGCAGACUCGUUCCCAAAAGCGUUACGGAAGCCAUGAGAUACGUGACGAAUUUUCAGGAUGAAUGGAUGCGUCGCAAUGUAAAGAACUACCGCGAGUUGGCGGCCAAGGCGGGAUACCCAAUUGAUUGAUUGAUUUAGUGAUUGCACAUAGGCUGACAUGGUUGGCCAGAACCAGAAAUUGUUACGUUGUAUUCCAUACUUCCCUUAUUGAACAUGCGAGCAAAACAAAACUAGACGGCCUCCGUGGAUUCUUCGACGGAGGUCGCUCUGUGGAGGGAUGUGCUGCAGAAUGGUGUUUAGGUUUGUGUGUGCACGGGACGUGGCUGUUCGUGGCGGAGGAAGCUUUCUCGCUUGAUGCCUCUGCUUCUGUCGUGUUUUGUGUGAUGUUUGCAGCGCAGCGGCUCUGUAUGGCCGUGGUGCACGUUUUGGGUAGCUUCUUUCAUCUCUAACCUGUUCCUACACCUUUGCAAUUUCACAUGUCGUGCUGCAUCCUUUUCCUUGUUCCUGCAUCCGAUUCCGAUGCCUAUGCCUCAGUGGCUCGGCAGUGUGAUGAUAAGAGAUGCCUUCUUUAGCUACCCUGUGCUCCGUUUGGGAGUCCUAGGGCUCAGCUGUCACAGCUGUCCGCGCCCUGACUCAAACUCAAAAAACCAAGGUUGACGGUUUACCGCCGGCUCCCAGUGGACGCUACCAAUUGCUCGG